UCGUCCGCAGAAAACUCUAGUAGCUCGUGCAUGACGCCUCAAUCCUCUCAAUCCCCGCUGCACGAACGAUAUUCAAAACCCUCGAUAUCGACUCUUCGGCGCAAUGAUAGUCAUCCAAUACAUCCCAGAAGAGCCGGCCGACGUCCUCGAAGCCAAAUACAACUCCGCCUACCACUCCGACAUGAACGAAAACAUCCCCUGCGAACUCGACGGCAUGGACAGCUGGUUCUCCCCCAAACUCGGAACACUCAUGAAAUCCUCUCCUUGGGGCCGGCUGGAGGUCGGCGGACCGCAGCUGGCGGACCUGAUGGAACUCUCGCUGUUGGCCCAGUUUAGGACAUUGAAGGAUACCCUGUGGGAGAGCGAUGCCGUCCAGGAUGUUUGCGGAAAACUGCAGGCCGUCAUUGACGAGCAUCAGCGGAAUACGCCCGGAGAAUCAAAGGAGAUCUUCUGCCGACUCAACGAAUGCAGCAUGAAAGGCAACACCGGCGGCGACGUUGUGCCCUUCCGCACCGCGCGAGACAUCAUCCGCGCCUUUGUCGAGGACCUCCGCGUCCACCAAUGGUUCACCUCUAACCGCAUCACGCGCACCGCCUUCCAUCUCAGUGACUUCGAUCCCGCGAUCGACAUCAAGAAGGAGUACAGGGUGUUUAUCUACCGCGGCCGCGUCACGGCGAUCAGCCAGUAUCGCUGGUCGAGCUGCUUCCAUGUCGCAAAUGAUGCGCUUAUGACUGCGAUCGCGGAGUGCAUUGUGGGGUUUGUGGAAGGGAAAGUUAUACCUGUGCUGGGGAAGCCGGAAGCGUCGUUUGUGGCGGAUGUGUUUGUGGAGGAUGAGGACCCGCGGCAUUUGAAAUCGUAUUUGAUUGAGAUUAACAAGUUUGGGGGGCAGACGGGAUGUGGGAGCGCUUUGUUUCAUUGGAAGAGGGAUGAGGAUCUCAUAUAUCGGGCGAGCGGCGAGGAUGUUGUCAUUCGGGUUCUCGUGCCGACUUUGGCAAAUCAGGAGACGUCACCGUCAUGAAAAAGGCUAUCGGACGAGUAGAGUAGCUUUCUCCAAGGGAUUUUGGGUUCAAGGUUUCAUCUGUUCUAUGGCUGCAAAGCAGACAGAGCCCUACCGUCGUCGCAUGGCGUCCCGCUCGGGGGAAACCCGCAGGGCUCAUAUGACCAGCGGCCGCGACCGACAGUGGCUCUUCUUCCUUCGUUCCCUUAUACUGCCUCCACCG